ACCUCUCCUUCCACUCAUUCACCACAUUCAUUCAUUCGUUUACCAAAAUUCAAAAUGCACAUCGCCGCAACCCUCGCCCCCCUCUUCCUCACCUCAGCGCUGGCGCUGCCCUCCCUCUCGCGCCGCGCGCAGUCCGCCACCUCGCUGUGCGGGAACCAAGACUACCUGAUUCUGCAAGACACGCCAUGGAUCGUGUACAACAUGCUGUACAACGCCGCGCAGACGGUCGGCACGCAGUGCACGGGCUACGAGUCGCAAACGACGUCCUCGUGCGGCACGAAGGAGGUAGUCUGGAGCAGUGUCACGGACAUUGAAUACGUGGAGAGCACCAACAACCUCCCAAAGGGCUACUCCUUCGUCGGCCUGACGCAGAACCUCGAGACCAAGAUCUCGGCUAUCGCGUCCAUUCCUGCGGACUAUACCUGGAGUCGGACUAAUACUACCGCGUUUAAGGGAAACACCUGCUUCGACUUCAUGACCAACGACAUUAAAGGCGACUCCACCUCGACCUCCUCGCACGAGCUGAUGCUCUGGCUCCAGUACGAAGGAGGACAGCUGCCGAUCGGCUGGACCGACGGGCCGGUUGCCACCAUUGACGAUCUGUUCGGCACCUCCUGGAAGCUGUACGAGGGCGUCAACGACGGCACGGGCAUCACUGUUAGCACGCUGUUGCCGGAUACGCAAUUCGAGGGGGCGUUCGAGGGUGACCUGCGGGAAUGGUUGAUGGCCAUGGUGAAGUUGGGACGGUUCACCGAGGAGACCUAUGUUAAUGUUGGCAAUGCUGGGACGGAGUUCUUUUACGGAAACUCGGUUUUGAAUGCUACGCUUGGGUUGCAGAUUGAUUUGGAGUAG